GUUAUGACAGAGUUUUGUGCGUUACGGGCAAAAUCAUAUGCGUACAAGCUUAAUGGAACGGAAAAAAUCAAAGCCAAGGGAAUCCGUGGGCAUGUGGUAAAGAACCACAUGUCAUUCAAUGACCAUAAGAAGUGUCUGUUCGAUGACAGUGAUUUAGACGUUUAUCGUCAAAAUGUCUCCAUCCGCUCAUUCAAACACCAGCUCAAGACAAUCAAAUCGAACAAAUUAACCUACAAUAACUUUGAUGAUAAGAGAGUUAUUCUAGAGGACAAAAUCCAUACCUUAGCUUAUGGACAUUAUAGUUUAGAGUAAGUUAAUACAAUUUAUGUUUUUAAAAUUAUUUAUUUUGUAAUAUUUUCGAAUUGUAU